AUGGAUCACUUAUCUCAAAGACAAUUACUACAAUUACUGUAUGAAAAGGAUUGUUAUAUAUAAGCACUUGAAUAGCAAUUGGAAUUUAGUAGACAAGAGGUCUCAAUACUCAAAAGCCAAAAAUAAUCAAUAAUUAUUCAAAAUCUUUCCUCUGAUGAAGAUUGCAAUCUGGACGAGAAUUCAGAACCUGCGAUUAGUGAUAGUCGAGUGGAAUAGUUUUAAAGUUCAGGCAAGAAGAUUAAAUUAAAGGCUCCUCUCUAGGAAAGCAAUAAUUUUAAUGUGUCCUAAUUUAGACAAUCCACUCAAUACUUAAAACAGAAAGUCUUGGACUCAUUUGAUAUCUAAAAUGUCACCACUGACAAUUUAAAGCUCCUAAGAAACAAUGAUUAAUUAUUCGAUGAUUUGUUCAUUCUCGGAUUGGGACUAGAAUUGUCCAAUGACCCAUAAGUGAUUUACUCAUACAAUUAAGUUAAAAACCAAUAAUACAUACUCCAAAUAUCAAAAUUCAUAUUCCCAGAUGGAUGCAAGCCCAAAGUCAUACCAUUGUCCUUCAGCCUAGAAGAUAUCAAUCUAAUGAUGAACCAAAACUAUUCAAUUGAUUCUUCUAAUUGCUUUGUUAUUCUCACUAAGUAAACGGAGCAACAACAGUUGAAGUACCAUAUUUGUUAUCGUUACACUGACUUUACCAUUAUAAACCCAGAAUCAGUCAGAUUCAGCAAAAGAGCCAUCUGUUUUUCAACUAGCAGAUAUCUAAUUGACUUCUAUUAACAAAUACUAAUUGUAAUAUUGUCUUAGUUGAAAUGCAUGAGGACUAACUUGUAUUUAAGAACAAAAAACAUUACCUAAGCAGACACCAAUUUCUUUGAUAAGAACAUUGCUUAAAUAAGUUUUAGGAUCUUGUCUUAGCUUACUUAGAAGAACCCUCCCAAUUUCAUUACCAUUAAUAAUCAAGAACUAAAAAUAUGUGAAAAUGAUAAUAUCCUAUGGGGAAUUCCACAAUUAUUUAAGAAAUUGAAUUCAUAAAGUCUGAUCAAAAUAUUUGUAAGUUGUUUAAUCGAAAAAUCAAUUGUAUUUGUUAGUAAAUCACCCUAAUUGUCCACUGCCGCUUGUUUAUUGUGCUAAAAGUAUUUGCUUAAACCAUUUGCUUGGAUCCAUCCUAUCAUAAGUAACUUGCCCUUGGAAAACAUAGUGUACUUAGGAAGUCCAGUGCCAAUAAUCGCAGGUUUAGAAUGUAAUUUUUCAACUCUUUAGAGUCAAGGACUAAUAGAUAAGUUUUAGAAUACUAUUUUUAUUAACUUGGAUAGCAAGCUAUAAAUAUAAUUUGGAAACACAGAUGCCAUUCCUCUAUUAUCAGCAGAAUUAAUGACAUAUCUAUUGGGAAGAUUGGAUUCCUACUUUUAAAUAGUACAGUCAAAUCAUAGCAAUUACAGUUAAUGUCUGUAAAUUUUUAAUUAGUUGUUUCACGCCAGAGUUAUAAGAAAUAUCCCAAUAGAACCAAUUAGACAACAUACAAACUCAUCAUCUAAGAAACCUAAUAAAUCAAUUCUAGAUUAUGAGAAAAUCGCAGCAAAAACAUUAUAAAAUAUGGGUACAAUCAAUGCAGAUAAAGUAAUUUGGAAGUAGUUCUUUCAAACUUAAAUUUUUAUUUAAUUUAUUGAUUAAUAUUAUCAUUGA